AAUUGUUGUUUAGGGUUUAAGCAAAUUGAAACAGGAAUUUUUGUUGAUUGUUUGCAGGAAAGUGUAAGUUUACACUCAAAGGAGUUGAAAAUGUCGGACAAAACCAAAGGAAGAAAAGAGGAAGUGGUUACCAGGGAGUACACCAUCAACCUACACAAGCGCUUGCAUGGCUGCACAUUCAAGAAGAAGGCCCCCACAGCCAUCAAGGAGAUCCGGAAGUUUGCAGUGAAAGCAAUGGGCACAAAGGACGUCAGAGUGGACGUGAAGUUGAACAAGCACAUUUGGAGCAGAGGAAUCCGAAGUGUCCCCAGGAGGGUCAGAGUUCGUAUUGCUCGCAAGAGGAAUGAUGACGAAGAUGCUAAGGAGGAGCUCUAUUCUUUGGUUACUGUAACAGAGAUCCCACCCGAGGGAUUGAAGGGGCUUGGCACCAAGAUCAUUGAGGAUGAAGAUUAAGCUAUCAGUAGUGGAGCGCGAUAGACAAAUGAUUCAUUUGAAAAUUAUCAAUUUUGUUUGAAAACUUAAUUUGUUCUUGGAUUAUAUGGUCUACUAUGCAAUUCAGAUUCUUA